GCAAUGGGAGCACGGAGUUAAUCUCGCUGGUCUGGCAGGCAAAGCACAGAUAAAUAGUGCUGUGGCCCCGGCGCGGGUGCAACCAGGGAAUAAAUUAUUGACCCCUCUAAUGGUCUUGGAAGUCUUGUAGUUCUUUAACUCUAUGGCUUGUGCUUGUUGCAUUAAAGACAGGUAACUGAGGCCUCUCCCUUCGUGUGCUUUGUUGCAGACAAGGAUGCAGAGCUUGCAGCCGGACCCCAAAGCCCAGUACAGGAGCGUGUACGAAGCUCUGAAGAAGAUUGUCCUUACAGAGGGUUUCUGGAGGCCUUUACGUGGGAUUAAUGUCACCAUGCUGGGGGCUGGCCCUGCCCAUGCAAUGUACUUUGCCUGCUAUGAAAAAAUGAAAAAGUCUCUAAGUGAUACUAUCCAGCAUGGAGGAAACAGCCACUUGGCCAAUGGUAUAGCUGGGAGCGUGGCCACGCUACUCCAUGACGCAGUGAUGAAUCCCGCUGAAGUGGUGAAGCAGCGGAUGCAGAUGUUCAACUCCCCCUACAAGUCCGUCCUGGCGUGCAUAAGGACAGUGCAGAAGACGGAGGGGUUUGGUGCCUUCUACCGCAGCUACACCACCCAGCUCACCAUGAACGUCCCCUUCCAGGCCAUUCACUUCAUCACCUAUGAAUUCAUGCAGGAGCAGAUCAACCCACACCGGGAGUAUAACCCUCGGUCCCACAUCGUCUCCGGUGCCAUCGCAGGGGCUGUGGCCGCUGCUGCCACCACUCCUCUGGAUGUCUGCAAGACCUUGCUCAACACCCAAGAGAACAUGGCCUUGACCUCUGUGAACAUCAGCGGACAUCUCUCGGGCAUGGUGAAUGCCUUCAAGACUGUCUAUCAGCUGGGGGGCAUUUCGGGGUAUUUCAGAGGGGUGCAGGCACGUGUCAUUUACCAGAUGCCUUCAACAGCCAUCGCCUGGUCCGUGUAUGAAUUCUUCAAGUACUUUCUCACAAAGCACAAGCUGGAAAAAAGAACAUCCUUGUGAAGGACUUAGCGAGAUUGAAUGCAAGCCUCCGUGUCCCCUCUGUGCGUGUGUGUGUGUGCCUGCAAGCCAGCAAGCUCUGGGUCUCUGCUAAGGAACAUGCCAGCUUUCUGGUGGAUUCACAGCUGAUGUCCACUUCUCCCUCCCCAGGGAAGGAGGGAUUAAAGUGGUCCUCAGUC